AACACUGACGACUAAACUAGCAACUACACAUCUCUAACCACGCGAGUCAUCAGAACGCUGUGAGCCCACACUGCUGGAUAAGUUCUGUUGGAUAAAAUUCACAAGAUAUAAUUCCACACGAACACACGGUGAUGUAAUCAGAUGUGAAAUCCAAACUAUAAACAGCACAUUACUUCCUGCAUUACAGACGUCGGGUUCGCCGGACUGUACGUGUCGUGUCAAACAGCAUGGUAUAUUACAUCACCGCUGUGGACGUCACAGGUGUCUGUCGGGUUGGAAUCUGUACCAUGCAGGCUGGUGAUUUGAACACCGUAUAAAACUUAACAGCUGCCAUAAUGCUCCAGGAAAGUCAGUAUACAAUUGAUUACGUGAUAACUUCUCACGUAAAAGGCCAUUACCCACACGAGAGGAGUGACCAAUUAAUCCUUUGGUCAAAGGGAGACAACUCUUCACUACCUGAGGUUGACAGACGCGACCUACUUUCAACUACACUUUUUCUCCUUUGUUGACAUUCUCCUAUCAUUUGGGUCCCACCUGAAGCGUGAAUCAGACCUCACACAGCAGGAUUCCGACAGGCAGCACAGCCAUGGAAGGACCGCAGCAAGAUGGAGCGGCUGCGGCCGGAGCGGCGUCCACGACAGCGUGUUCAGAAAGUAUGGCGUAGUGUGUGCUGGGCAGACUCCUUCUCCGACGAGUCCCUCGUCAUGGACACAAUCGACAUCACCGCCGACUUCGCGCUCCGGAAGAUCGCCACGCUGUUCGAGAACCGGAAGUAUGAGGAGUGUGCCUCCCUGAUCCGCCGUCUCAACCACCUGAUGGUGAAGGCUAUCCUGAAGGAGGUGCCUAUUGAUGUUAUUCACGAGGCUCUGCCCUACAGUGCGUGUAUUCUCGAGGCGCUGUACGUCAAGGUAUAUCAGACCUAUGCAGAGCGCUUCCCGAUGGCCGAGAUGCACUUGGAACAGUUGGUCAAGCGGAUGGUGUGCAUCUUCGCGAAGCAGUACAGCGCCAACAAGGGAGAUAAGAACUCAAACAUGUUCCUGCCGUCUUUCAGAACGGUGCUACGGAUCAUACUGUCUGUGCAACCCGACUUCCGCCACCAGAUGUUCCUCAAGAAGAAGAGCAUUGAUCAGUGCCUGCUACGUCUUGGCCACCACGGCAUGGUAGACAGUUCAGGCGGCAGACUCAUGAGCCUCCACGAUGCACUUAAAGUUGAGUUCGAGAAGGUUGUGACACAGUAUAAAUCUGCUAUACAGAAGAUGGACGAUCUGAGCCUAUCAGCUAAACAUCCCACCAGUAGUUCUGUGACGUCCGGCAAAGCGCCUACAAACGCCAGUCACCAGCGACUAAUGCAGGUGACCCGAUCUGACGUCCAGAACCGCCUCAUCAAGAACAAGACUCUGUUGAACGUUGUGGAACCAUCAAUUACCAGCCAGUACUUGAAACAUUUGAUCACGGUGCUGCAGAAAAGGAUCGAAUACGACAAGUAUAUGCUAUUUCACGACACAGAGCUGCGGAAGAUGACCGGCAUCGUGGACGACGACAUCUACCUCUCCGUCACUCUACGUCAGUUCUCACAGGGAUAUGCUGCCAUGCUGCAGGUGCUAAGAGAGAUAACUGGCGAUGACUAUGUCCCGGAGGGGCAUGGUAAUGGCAGCCACAGCCCAAGCGAGGAGGAUAAUCUAGAGAGACGUAGUACGUCAACAGUCAAUGGCAAGACUGAACCGGGGCAUGGCAGUGGGAAAACAUUAAACUCAGGUGUCGGUACUGGGCUUACAGGAAAUGGCAGUGUGGAGAGCUUGCCUCAGAGGAGCGGCGCGCCACCCAGUGUUCCAACAGGUCAUUACCGCUGGAAGCCACCAAGCAACGUCAGUAGCAGCAACAGCACCACCGCGCCUUCCCGCCAUUCGGUGGACGUGAUGACGUCAUUUUCAUCCAGUGACGCUGAACAUGAGGUCAAGUCUAACGGAGUCCUGUCACGUGACACGACGUCAGGCGACGUGUCAGCUCUGCAACGUCAGAUCGAGCGACUACGUCUUGAAUUAUCAGAAGCACAAGAUCAAAUCCGCAAGAUGGAGACAAGAGAAGUACAGUUGAAAGAAAGGCUAUCCGACCAGGUUCACAAGCAGUUCACAGUGAACGCCGGCAGCUUUGAAAAUAUCAACCUUGGCAGUGGUAAACGCCCCACCGAGCUGAUCCGUCAGUAUGGGAACCUGUACACUGAUGGCCGCGUAGACGCUAUGGACGCCCUCAACAGCUUCACGCAGCUGGGCGACCUCGAUGUCCUAAAGAUGAAGAUUCUUUUCUCCGUCAUCGUGCUAGCCUUCAGGGCAGCCCAGCAAUCCUUGCAAGAUCUCAAACAGAAACUGCACCAGAUGCUCAAUAUCCCCACUCCCGAUGCAGCUUCCGGUGACCCCUUGUCACGUGACUUGGAACGUCACCUAGAUUACUACCUCAGCCAGUCAGCUGACAGAUUUGAUUUGAGUAAAUGUGUUGAGGAUGUGUGCACGCAGAUCUACGCCACCCUGUACGACUACCCCUGUCUCAAGGACUGCCCAGUGCUGGUCGAAUACAUCCGGGAGUGUGUCCGCCUUUCGUGGGGGUUGACCGUCCUCAACCCUUCCUACGUCAUCGUGUACGACAGCCGCUCCUUCUCUGCAGACUCUCACACCCGAUUCCAUACAUCCAACCCAGAGAGUGAGGACAUUCAGUGCUUCCUCUGGCCGUCGCUCAUCGAGCCGCAGACAGGCGUGGUCCUGCACAAAGGCGUCGUCAUCACGUGACGCCUCCUUCCCUCUUUCGUGAUACAUUGAUGUAAUCAUGACAUAGUGCUACAAGACUUCAUAUGUCAAAGACGGACUGAACCCACCGACCAGCAAGUGCAGCUGUACUAGUUUCAUGCACGUUCACCGUAAUACCUUCAGAAAAACGUAUUUACACAGCUUGAUUUCACCAUGUACAUAUGUAACAGCGGCGGUUGGGUAGCCUAGUGGUUAAAGCGUUCGCUCGUCACGCCAAAGACCCAACAUGGGUGCAGUGUGUGAAGCCCAUUUCUGGUGUCCACCGCUGGGAUGUUGCAGUUGCUUCUUCUAAAAGCAGCAUAAAACCAUACUCACUCGCAUAUGUAACAUUUAAACCAAUAUUCUCACGGGUCCCCUCAGCAAAUUAAAGCGAUAUUCUGACGGGGCACCCCUGCACCACACCGUAGCUGUAUGUCAGUUACCCUACAUCAACGCUGCUGCGGUGACGUAGGGAACGACAUCUUGUGGCUUGGCGUCCAGUAAUAGUCACCUACUUUGUGAAUACAUACUUGUAAAUAAACACUAUUGAGUUUUGAUAAAUUACAUAACGU